AUGGGUGCCUUAGGAUGGCUCAGGGCCAGCGACUCUGGCGAUGCGAAGAAAGUUUUGGAGAGGAAGCUCGUUGUGAAGCUUGCUUACUUCUUCAACUACCUGGACCGCCAGGCUUUCGCCAAUGCCUACGUCGCUGGUCUCCGCGAAGACAUCGGCCUCAAAGGCAACGAGUAUAGCAUCUUGCUGUCUAUUUUCACUGCGGGGUCCGUUCAGUGUGCCAGUGUGUCAUGGCACUCUAGCUGA